AUGCUCUGCCAGCAAGCCUUCAACCAUCUGAUCACAGGGGAAGACGUACUCCGAUUCCAGGGCAUCAUAAUUGACACAGGCGCCGCGAAGGUUUCCACAGCUGGCUACGACCAAUGCAUCGCUCUACAACGAGAAGACCCUGCUAUAACGCUCGAUAAGACUACAGCAGGCCAAGCUUCUAUCAAAUUCGGCAACGGCGAAGCCAUUCUAUCCCUCGGCAUCUAUUUCAACAACCUUACAGACACCAUUGUCGGACGAACAACCCUCCCGGUUAUCCGCAAAUGGGGACAUCCUUGGUUCCUCCUACCUAAGACCAACGAGGCCGCUAUCGCAUUCCUCACGGAGAGCGAGAUCCGCACUCUUCAUCGUCGAUUCGGGCACCCAGCGGUCCCAAGACUUCACAACCUCCUACGGCAAGCUGGCCACAACGAUGUGACGAUAGAUAUCCUAGAGAACAUCUCGAGAUUCUGUCAUCACUGUCAAAUGCACUCUCAAGCUCCAAGACGCUUCAAAUUCACCCUAAAGGAUGACCAGGAAUUCAACUACGAAAUCGUCGCUGAUGUGCUCUACCUUGGAACCCCUCAACGCCCCGUCUUGCACGUGGAUACGUGGGAAGCCCUCCGAGCCCUCUGGAUAGACACAUAUCUCGGACCCCCUGAUACUAUCAAGCACGACGCAGGGACCAAUUUUGCCUCCCUAGAGUUCCGUAACGAGGUUGAAAGAUAUCAUGCCCCUCUCCGCCCCAUCAACGACACAACAGGGCCAAAUGGCAUUGUCCCUACGCUCCUAGUCUUUGGCGCCUACCCUCGAAUGGCGUUAGAUUCGCCCCUUCUGCUACGACCCUGA